AAAUACAAUUCGUAUUAAAAAUAGUUGUUGUGCAUAAUAUAUAAAAAUACUAAGAUAUAUAUUUCUAAAAAGUAAAAAUAUUGAUUAGAAUUUUUAGAAUAACAUUCGAAGAUAUCAAGUUAGAUCAAUGGUUUUUAAGUGGUGACUUGUUAAACUUAACACUUAGAUCAUAUUAUAGAAAUAGAAGAAUAUUUGUACUUGUUCAGUUAUAUAACAAUUUUUGAUCAAAUAACAUUUAUUAAAUUCUUAAUUUGAAAUAUAAACCAUACAGAAUGGAUAUCGAGCCAACAGUAAUUAAGGAAGAAAUCGAAAUUCACGAUGAUUUUAUUUGGAAUACGAAUGUAAAACAAGAAUUUAGUGAUGAAAUGCCCUAUGCCGCUUCUCAAAAUGUAAAUAUAACUAAUAUGCAUCUUGUUAAACAAGAAAUAAGUGACGAUCUAAACACAGAUCAAGUAGUUAAAGAAUCUAUGGUUGAUAAACUUAAAAUUCCAAACAAAUUGCAAUAUUUCAGAAUAAAAACUGGAAAACCAAUUAAAUUACGAGCAUUGUUAAAAAAUGGAAAACAUCUGAAUCUGAAUGCGAUUGAUGGGAUUAUAAUCUGUGAGUUGUGUGGAAAUUUACACACGAAACAAAUGGAAUUCCUUUGGCACUUUUCUACAAGUCAUUAUAUAAUACAAAAAUUUUACCAGAAAAAUAACUUUUGUCAAAAAAGGCCAAAAACAGACACUGCUGUUAACAGAAAAGUUGAUGAAAAUGUUAAAAAUGAAAUUGAAAUAAUUGAAGAUAGUUGGAAAAAGGAAGAAGAUAUUAGUUUUACUGAUAAUUUUGUGUCAAGUUUUAAUGAAGGUCAGAUAUUGGAAAAGAGUGAUUUAAAUGGAGAUUUAUAUGCUCUCAAUGGAAGGGAACCAUUCAAGUGUGAAAUCUGUUUAAAAGCUUUUUCACACAAGUAUAAGCUGAAAAUACAUUCGCGGAUGCAUACAGGAGAAAAGAGAAUUAAAUGUGAUAUUUGUUUAAAAACUUUUUCGCAGAAAAGUAAUUUGGAUUCGCAUUUGCUUACUCAUACAGGAAAAAAGCCAUUCAAGUGCAAAAUUUGUUCAAAAACUUUUUCAUAUAAAGUUAGUUUGAAUUUACAUAUGCAUAAUCACACUGGCGAAAAACCAUUCAAAUGUGAAAUUUGUUCAAAAACCUUUUUACAGAAAUGCAAUAUGAAACAACAUUUGCUGCUUCAUACAGGAGAAAAGCCUUACAAAUGUGAAGUUUGCUCCAAAACCUUUUCACAGAAAUGCAAUAUGAAACAACACUUGUUGUUGCAUACAGGAGAAAAGCCAUUCAAAUGUGAGAUUUGUUUCAAAACUUUCUCAUAUAAAAUUAGUUUGAAUACACAUUUGCUUACGCACACAGGAGAAAAGUCAUUUAAAUGCGAAAUUUGCUUAAAAGCUUUUUCAACAAAAAGUAAUUUAAAUACACAUUUGCAUAGUCAUACAGGUGAAAAACCAUUUAAAUGUGAAAUUUGUUCAAAAACUUUUUCGAAGAAAAGUCAUCUGAGUAUACACUUGCAUAGACAUUCAGGAGAAACGAAAUUUAAAUGUGAGAUCUGUUCAAAAACUUUUUUGCUGAAAAUUAAUUUGAAAUCACACUUGCUUAAACACACAGGAGAAAAGCCAUACAAAUGUGACAUUUGUUCAAAAACUUUUUCACAUAAAAUUAGUUUGACUUCACAUAUGUAUAAUCACACAGGUGAAAAACCAUUCAAAUGUGACAUUUGCUCAAAAACCUUCUCACAGAAAUGCAAUAUGAAACAGCAUUUGCUGCUUCAUACAGGUGAAAAACCAUUCAAAUGUGAAAUUUGUUCGAAAACCUUUGCCCAGAAAUCUAAUUUAAGUACACAUCUAUGUAGUCAUGUAGGUGAAAAACCAAUAAAUGUGAAAUUUGUUUGAA